AUGUUAGGAGAGGUAUUUUCGAACCUCUUUGGAGCAUCGGGGGCGUUGAGUAAUGAACCAACUAUAGACUAUAAUCAAACGAUCCAAUCGUUUCCAUCAAAUGACUACGAAUCCACAAUUGAUACAAGAUUUGACAAUGACGCCAGUCGACGGUUGCAAAGAACUGGAAUAAUGAGGGACUCCGUUGACCCUAAACCUUAUGACAGCUUUACAAAUGCAACCUCAGGAGGGAAUUUUACUAAUCUCUUUUCUGGCGUAAUAGACGAUGAAUCAGAUGAAGAAAUAAAUAACGACAUUAGUUCAAUACUUGACAAUUUGACAAAGACCACAAGAAAAUUUUCGGAGAGAGAUGAAUAUUCACUUCCCCAGGACUACCCAGGAAAGUUUAGACCAGUAACACCAAAAGAGCGAAAUUCGAGUGCAGACAUUAACCGCCAAAUACGCGAGAUAGAGACAGAAUUAGAAAAUGAACAGAAGAGGACAGUAGUCAAUUCACGUCGCAUGGAAACAUAUAGCCAGCAGCGGCACUUAAGAGAUCUCGUAGAAAAGGUAGAAAAGCAAAACGCUUUCUUAUACCAUCUUAACGAGCUAGUCGACAUAAGUGCUACUGAAGAAGUUCCUUCAAAUAUCUCUCAAAAAUACAGUGAACUAAAGGAAGAAUAUAUUAAGGAGUUAAGUAACAUCAAGACUUUCUAUGAAGCAUAUUAUAAGCUUGUUUUGAAAUAUAGGGACUUGAAAAAGAAAAAAAAACCUGCACCUUCUCUUGUAUCCGUAAAAGAGAAAAUCAGAUUGAUAAAAUCAACAUCAAAUCAGGCCUCUAUUCGGUCGACAUGUGAAAAUAUUCUCCGUGAGCUUUCUGAUAAUGAGAACACUGCUGGCUAUUACAAAGACGAGUUGAAGAAGGCAAAUGAAAGGAUCAAGGAGCUAGAGGCCUUACUUUCAAGCAAAUGA